GAGGAGGAGACCGGAGCAUCACACUCUUCUUUUUCUGCUGCCAUGCACAGACACUGCAUAGCAGUGUUCAUGGACGUGUGAGUUGAUUGUGAACCUGUACAGGACUGAGCAGCUCUUUCCAGACAGAGAUUCGGAGGGUGGAAGCGGCACCGUCUUCAAGAGACCGAGAUCUUCUGUGACCCUCUUUGAGUUGUAGGCUCGGUUGAGAACGUGAAUGGAAAAAUUCAUUUCCUGAGCUUCUCUGUGUGAAGGAUGGGUGAUGGGCUCGUGACACUCAACGGACUCUCUCCUCCUCGUCCCAUCUUCUCAUGGAGCACCUUAUCACAGAGAGUGCCUACUGGAACACUUCCGUACCCAGACCGCCGCAGUCAAACACUUCCGGAGUAGACGUGAGCCGGUCUCUCGCUCUCUGCGCCAUGCUCAUCAUGGACAUCCUGGCCGUGGUGGGGAACCUAGCAAUGAUGAUUGUCAUUUACAAAUCGCCGCAUCUGCGCAAGUUCACUUUUGUCUUCCACUUGUGCUUGGUGGACCUGCUGGCGGCGCUUGUGCUUAUGCCCCUCGGGAUGGUCCCCGAUCGCUUAUUAGCGGUGGACGACGCCCUGUGUCAAAGCUACCUCUGCUUGAACGUUUGCCUGGUCAGCGCAGCCAUCCUUACCAUCUGCGCCAUCAACGUAGAGCGAUACUACUAUGUCAUGCACCCAAUGCGUCACGAAGUGAAGAUGACAAUAGGGGUGGCGGCAAUGGUGCUGGCUGGGAUCUGGAUGAAAGCUCUCAUCAUGUCUUCGCUGCCUUUCCUGGGGUGGCUGCUCCAAGGCAACCAGGAUGUUGCCUCUAGUCCACCGCACUGCUCCCUCCAAUGGGAGGGAGGCAGGACCGCACGCCUGCUCUUCAUGGUCUUCUCUACAUUCAUCUAUUUCCUGUGUCCCAUGUUGAUCAUCCUGGUGGUCUAUUGCAACAUGUUCAAGGUGGCCCGAGUGGCAGCCACGCAUCAUGGCCCUCUCCCGACUUGGAUGGACGCGCCUCGGCAACGCGCCGAGUCUGCCAGCAGCCAGUCCGCCAGUCUUGGCGGGACGUGCUCUCGCAACACCCACCGUCGGACAUUCGGCAGUGGGAAGGUCGCGGCGAUACUAGUGGUGGUGGGAGGCCAGUUCCUCUGCUGCUGGCUGCCUUAUUUUUCGUUCCAUCUCUAUUUGGCCGCAGUUUCCACCUCUCCUGCCUCACUGGCCCAGUUGGAGACUGCGGUCACGUGGAUCGCUUAUUUCUGCUUCACCACAAACCCCUUCUUCUACGGCUACCUCAACCGGCAGAUUCGGGAGGAGAUUGACCGCUACCUGGCUGGCCUGUUCAAGUGGGCCAGAUCCAGCCAGGGGGAGCAGCUGCCCAGCCGUGAGGCUUCCAUCGAGGAGAACUUCCUGCAGUUCCUUCAGGGCACAGCGUGCAAUCUGGAGCCGUAUAACUCUCACGGUGGAGAGGAGACGGAACACGAAGGCAGACGGGAAUCAUCUGCUUUGCGGAACGUGCCAGCUGACGUCCGUAUCCCCGGGCAGAUUCUUGAAGAGACCUCUGAGUUCAUACAACGACAAAUACUGAACAAUCAGCUAAAUACGUUACAUUGAAAGGGCAAAACUGUACCAAAGACAUAGCCGUUUCAGCCAAAUGAUUUAGUUCGGUGGUUCUUAACCACGGUGCGGUCACUUUCAUAGAUACAGUAUUUUGAACCGCACCACGGUUCGCUUGGAAAGUAAACCGAGAUCACCUCUCCAGCGAGGUCUCAGAACGGCUUCAGAGUUCGCUGGUUUGUAUUCACACCAGCUUAAAAGGUGCGCACCACCAACUUUUUGAAUUUGUUACAAACCAAGCAGGGCAGGUGUGAAUAUGAGGAAAGGACCUUCUGGUGACAGUACUCGACAUGAACGCUGGGAAAAUGUCAAUUGUCAUUAUUGGUUGUGUUUGAGUGGUCUACUUAAGUGAGACGAGUGGAAAUAGCCGAUAACACAGACGCUAACAGAUGCCAUGUCGCUAAAACAGAGGCUAAUGGAUGCCAUAGAGUAGGGUUGCCAACAGUCAGAUUGGCGGGACAAUCCGGAUUUUAGGAGGUUCUGGCUGGUACCUUUCUAAAUUCCUGGAUGUCCCUUGCAAUCCUGGACUGUUGACAACCCUACCAUACAGACUUUGUUAAACAGCUAGCGGCCGGCUAACUAAUGAGUGAAGGCCUUUGUGGACGAACCAAGAGUCUCAGACUGUUCAACAUCAAUUCGACAUCACAGAGAAGAUGGGUUAGUUGAUCUUUCUGCGACAGAUUUCGGCGUUGACGAGGAAAUGACCAAUCAUUUAUGUUUUCUCAUUCACAUGACUUAAUUUGCUGAAACGUUCCUCAACAUCCAGUCAAGUCCAAAGAAAAAAAUAGGACUACAAAAUGUUUUUCGCAAAAGUAGCCUGGAAUGGGCAUACGCUUAAGCCUGUGUGUGGGGCAGGCGGGGAGGGGGGGAGGCGCAGC